GCUGUAUAUAUAUAUAUAUAUAUAUACAUAUAUAUAUAUAAAGCAGAGAGGAAGGCAUAUACUAAACGCCUUAAGGGUUCAGCUAGCUUCUGGUCUGUGCAGGCCGUCUGUGAGUGGUGAAUUCAUCGACCGCAGAUAUGAAUGGUGGUAACAAGAAGUUCGGUGAUGAAGGGGCGAUGAACUCAUCGGAGAAGUCAGGUCCGAUUCAGGAAGGAGCUGCCAACGUCAACUUUUUCUCCGUAGAUUUGGGGCUCCGGCUGCUGGCCCUGGCGUCGACGAUCACCUCCGUCAUAGUCAUGGUCACCGGGAAGGAGACCAAAACUAUUCAGAUGCCAUUGCUCCUGAUACCACUGACCGUCGUCGCCAAGUUCAACUACUCUCCGGCAUUUGUGUACCUUGUGGUGGCCAAUAGUUUGGCCUCGCUCUACAAUAUCUUCGUGCUUUCUAUUUUGGCUCCAUCCGUGAAGAAAAAAGCGUGCGUUCACACCUUGUUUCGCCUGGUUGUUCUUGACACGUUGAUGGCAGGGAUAGUUGCCUCUGCUACAGGUGCUUCUACUGCCGUAGCUUAUGUUGGCCUGAAGGGCAACUCUCAUGUGCAAUGGAACAAGAUCUGUAAUGUUUUCAAUGGCUUCUGCCACCAUGUCGGAGCUUCGUCCUUUCUAUCCCUCCUUGCUUCCAUCUGCUUUGUCUUGCUUAUUAUGACCUCGGCGUACUCGAUCUAUCGUCGCAGCCGCUGAUCGGCAUGACCCCAUGCAAAACCCAGCCGGAUGUGCCAUACGAUCACAGUGUUUCAUUGCUUGAAUUUGCUUAGGCUUUGUUGUUGUUGUUGUUGUUGUUGUUGCUGCUGCUGCGGCUGCUGUAGUUUGAGGCUUAGUGGCUGGUGUUGUGGCUUCAGGGAGCUGGCUGUGAUUGUGAAUUGUAUAAUGGAUUCAUUAUCAACGUUGGUUUGCAUGUAUGCUUCUUGCUUGGACUUUUGUGUAAGAUUUCUUGCUUGUGUAUGUGCAUGUGUUUGCAUGUACGUAUGUGCUUAGAAGGGAUUGAUCUUAACAGAUUUUAUAUGAUAGACUUGUUUGGUUGGCAUCUAGUAA